AUGUCGUUAUUGGCUGCCUUUGGCGGCGACACUGUCAAAAUAUUCGAUGCUUCCGACAAGCUUUUCGACUCUUCUGUCAUACCUGCGAUCCUUGUACCUUUAGCUUCACUCCUUCUCCUGGAUUUCAAGUCAAUUAAGCCAAAUGGAAUCACUCAAAUUACCGUAAGUGAAUCGGCUACUAACCGCGGAGUGCUUGUUGUUUCGCCUGCUGGAAACGAAGGAAUUCUGAGUUCUGCUACUAAUCUUGCUCCAUGGAUGCUUAUAGUUGCUGUUAGCUCAACUGAUAGGGAUUUCACUUCUGUCAUCAUGUUAGAAAAUGGCGCAAAGACUAGUCUGAACCAUACAUCACUCGUCGCUCUAAAUUCUGCUUACCUUAAAGGAGAGAUUAACGUGGAAGCACUUGAGGGACUUGUGGCAAGAUCACCUAACCUUAAGAGUCUAAGUGGUGCUGAUGUUCUUUCUGCUAUGGAUGAUGCCAUUCAUGAUGGUGUUGACAUACUUUCUCUCUCCCUUGGUCCUAAUCCUCCACAGCCGAAUUACUUUGAGGAUGCUGUCAGUGUUGGAGCAUUCCAUGUAUUUCAAAAAGGAAUUCUUGUUUCCGCUUUUGUUGGAAACUCGGUUUUUCCUCGAACGGCUUGCAACGUUGCUCCUUGGACCCUCACUGUUGCCGCUAGCACGUUAGAUGGAGAAUUCAGUUCAAAUAUCUACCUUGGCAACUCAAAAGUUUUGAAGGGGUUUUUCUCUAAAUCCAAUAAAAAUGGAGUAUUCUCAUGGUUUGAUACAUGGAAGUUCAGCCGUAACGUCUGGAGUUUCAGUAACAAAUGCUAA